AUGCAGAUGAUGAGCCAGAUGGCUGAACAGAUGCAAGGUUUGCGUGCCGACCGCGAUGCCGAUCGCGACGCCACGCGCGAGCAGAUUCAACUGCUGCAAGACAGUCUGACGACCUCGAGACCAACGCUCUUGGGGACCGAGUCGGAGAGCAGAGCGGAACCUCUGCAUGAACUGAAUCACCCACCGCGAUUCGAGGGCGUUCGAUCCAAGUUUCGCGCUUGGCUGAGCGAGAUGAAGAACAAGCUUCGUGUAGACGGAAGGGUAAUUGGGAAUAAGGCGGACCAGUUCGCCUACAUUUACGCGCGACUAGGGGGUGCCCCUCAGCAAAUGACGAUCGCGUAUGUAGAAGCCGGAGGAAGGGGUGGAGACUCAGAUCCGGACCAGUACCUCCAAUAUUUGGAAGAGUGCUACGGGGACCCGAACGCCAGGACUCGCGCGCUGGACAAAUUGCGAUCCUUGAGGCAAAGAGACAAGGAAAGCUUUGCGACACUGCUCCUCGCUUCGAGAAAGAACUCGCUGAUUCCGGCGGCGCCACCUGGCCGGAAGAAGUCAAAAUCAGCUACCUGGAGGGCGCCCUGA